AUGCAAGUCGAGAGACGAGUGGGUGUGGACGUCGGCGCUACCAGAGGCACCAAAACCACUCUAGAUCAGAUUCAAUGGACUGCGUCUGCCGGUUUUGACUGGAUGGCGGGAGGAGGGAGAGGCUGGGAUGAAAACCAAUGGCGCGAUGCAUGGCCUUCCUCCCAAGCUCCCAAGCUUUGCGAGGGCUUGCUUGCACCACAACCAACCGACAUCGACAUCGACAUCGACAUCGACAUCGACAUCGACAUCGACAUGACCCAGUUCGACACCAACAUGUCUUCAACAAUCACAAAGACAGAGGCCGUGCUGCCCAAGGCACCCGCUCUACCUCCCAGAAGCGCCCUGAGGGCCUCAAGGCUGCUGGCCACCAUGCCUCAGAAGCUUUCAGGACACCGACCCGUCCUCACUCCCGCCGCCCCUCAUCUUCUCUACCUUUCAUCCGAAGAGGAUGUUUCUUCUUCAGCCGACGACUUCUCCGACUGCGACUACAGCUCCGACAGCGAGCAGGCGCAAGAGACACCCGAGCAGACAUCAACGUGCCAGGACAUUGCCCGCAAGGUUUCAGUGGUCUUCUCUGGAAAGGCCUGCAUCGUUCAGCUCUCCCGAAGAUCAAUAUCGCCAAGCUCAUCAACAAGCUGCGCCGCGAACGAGCUUACAAGGACGUCGACCGAGCCCAUCCUGAAGCACCGAAAGGCAUCUACUAGCUCUACGUCGUCGGCCAAGGGGUUUUCACAACACCCUCCCCGGUCAAGCAGCAUCAUGUCUCCCAUCAGCUUCGAGGGGGGCUCGCCCUCGUUCCUCAACAUUGAUCCGUUUGCGACAAAGUCGGAGCCCGAAGAGCCUGAACCCCAGCUCCGCAAGACGGCGCAAAUGUUCAAGAGGACGCUUAGCCUGGUCAGGAAGCGUAGCAGGCCUAACCUGAACCAGUCGGCGUCCCUGUCUCGAGAGGCUCUGUCAAUACAGACGCUGCCCAUGGAGCAGGUUGGUGAGGACAAGGAGGAGAACCACAGCACUCCCCGGAACGCGACAUCAAUACCGCCCUCGAUUUACCAGGACGUGAUGGCCUCCAGGAGGGCCAGCAGCUACUCAGCCACAACGCUAUCGCCGGUUAGCGAUGCGGCAUCCCCCCUGUCACCGACAAAACGAAUUCGCCAGGGCUUCUUGACUCGGCGACGAAGCAUCCGGGUAUGA